UUUUUUUUUCUGAUAAAAUAAAACAUUUAUAUUGUACUCCGCAAUGGAGUAGCAUAGAAGUCAGUCAUUUAAUGAGGAAAAGAGCACUUUUAAGGACUUUGAAUUAAUUAUCUAGGGUAGGAUGGUCCAGCGUCGACCGAUUGUGUUUUGAACUACAUGUAUGUGAAUUUAAAGCAAAUAUCCAUUGCUAGAGUUGAAAUUAUUUCCUAAUUGCUCUCAUUUUGUGUUUAAUGAAUAAAAAUUAGGAAUAUAGGGACAUUGUAAAAAAAGGGUUACUUUGACCUUUUAUGGGGGUCAUUGGACCACAUACCUAUCAUCCACCUUGGUUUGUCGGUAUAUUUAGUUUUCUCGUCCUUGUAUGAAAAUUUCCGGAUUUUCUAAAGUUCUAAAUGUAUUUUUUUUUUAUUUAUAAAUUUUUAAUUUCACAAAUAUUGACAUAAGACACAAGAACAUUUGUCAUUUUUUUUUUCUAACCACUUUCACACUCACACUCAUACUUUUGUUGGCAAGUGCUUGCAUUUUUAAUAUAAUUGUAAAAGAAAAUGAUAACAAUACAGAGCUCUGAAUGUAUUUAAUUGCAAUGCUAUACAUACGUAUAUUGUUCACCAGUGUUUUAUGUUUUAAUUAUAUAAAAAUAAAAAAACUGUACAAGUCUACCCAAAGAGAGGAGUCGCGAUUUGUUUUCAGAAAGACAAUUAAUCUAAAUAGACAGAGACAAUCGCGUACAGCACGCAGCACUAGUGGUACUUAUCUGUUGAAUGGAUAUUGCGCUAAAUAUUAAAGGGGGAAUUAUGAAAAUAUGCAUUGUAAGUUAUGAAAUAUUAAAGAAUAUAUCGUUUAUAUAUUAAUUAUUCAACCAAAGUAUGAUAUAUUUUGACCAAAACUUGGAACUAUCCGAAACAGAUGCGGGAGGAUUUUAUCGAUGGUGAUAACCUAUUCCCCCCCGUACAUCGAUGACUUGGACGAGUCCAAUGUUACAUACGGUAACUACCGCGCCUUUUAAUUGAUCAGACGGGCAAUUUAUGGCAUAUAUGUACAUUUUUUAUCAUAACAAUUAUCUGUAUAAGAAAUUAUUUAUAUAAAAAAGUAGCCGUGCCUUUUUGAAUUUUUUUUUACUUGCAUUUGCACGUCUCUUCAAUGAAAUAGAACUUCAGAACUCAAAAUUAAAAGUCACCGUCGAUACAAUAAAACUUUGCAGAACACAUGACUGAUAUAUAUAGAUAUAAUAUAAACAAAUAAGAUACUAAUGUACUUAUAAAUGGCACAGUUACAUCAAAGUUACAGAUUUCCUUAUACCCCUAACGUGCACACAGUGAUUCUACUUCAUUGCAGUAACAAACGGGAAGGCUCUCUCUCUCUCUCUCUCUCUCUCUCGUAGUAUCCAUUUACUAUAUAACCUUCUGCAUUCUGCAUAUUCAAAAAUCCAAAUCCAAAAAGCUUGUCAUUAAAACUUUCUAAAUGGCGUAUUAUCGGUACCCACUAAAAUCUACUUCAUAUUCAAUAAAAAAAAAUCCAAAUCCAAAAAUCUUACCAUUAAAACUUUCUAAAAGGUUUAUUAUCGGUUUCUUUCAGUUUGAAAUCAGAAAAGCAAUGGUCCCCCGGAUUCAUGAUUAUCAAUUAAAUAGGAUGGAGUUCCGGAAAACUGACACCUGGGUGAUGUCGGUGUGUAUGUUUUGAUAUAUUAUACAUAUAUUAUGCAGUCAGACCUAGUACAAUGUUGUUGAAGCAAUGUACCCCGUGGUGGCGUUUGUGGGAUUUCGUUUUACAAGAUGUGCCCUGCAGCACAGCCUGAUGGGAUUGUCAGAGAUGUAAUUCUUAUCUUAACCAGGAUUACACCGGGAAGACGUAUAAAUCACACCGACUGAAAAAAACUCCACGUCUAACAUCACAGUGUGAGUAACAAUGGACAAACAAUCAGAGAGAAGCUGGGCACCACUCAUCUAAAACCCUCUCCCUACUCAGUCUGACUGACCCCAGUAAACCAGCUGUCCGCGUCUGUUGUCUGAGUGAUUGACGUCUGUCGUCGUUAUGCUGAUUCUAGCGGUGAUUACGGGGAUUAUAAUAUGGCGUAUUGUCAUUUACUGUCAACAGGACAAGGAGGAAGAGACCAAGCCAGUCUCCAUGAGAAUCAAGCUGAAACAGACCGUAAUCAAGUACAAAGUUUAUAUCGCUGUGGGGAGCUGCGUCUCCUCCGUCGUGGGGGGCCUCUGGAUCUAUUUCAUGUACAUCCAUCCGCUCCUCGGGAACGAUCUAGACUUCCACUUCGAGGCCCACUGGGAAAUCGGGCCCCAAGAAUCGUGGGCUGCUCAUUUUGAGAUGUUGACUGCAUCAUCAGAAGUGGAACCCCAGCCCUGUCCACAUUUCUCCCGGGAGAACUUUAUACACAUCAUAGAAACCUUCAACAAUGUAUCCUCGGGGGAAUUCCUACACGACACAAUGGCGAAUGUCAGGGUUUCCCGAGACGCUGGGCUGUUCGGCAUGUACGGCGAUAACGACAGUUUCCCGGUAGUCGUCUUAGAGACUUCUAGUUAUAACUACCGAGCAGUCAGGCACUUCAUACGACACAGAGAACAGGUACUGCUACAAACAUUCCCCAGUCUAAAGAUUCUGGUAUACGACAUGGGGCUCACGUUUCAGCAGAAGUACAAGCUCCUAAACUGUAGUCAGUGCGAGAUCGUGGAGAACCUGCCCGGGGUGCGAGCCUACUAUUGGACACCUCUGUUGAUUUAUCUGUCCCUCCAGAGGUUCCAUUCGGUCAUCUGGCUGGACCCCUCCUCGGACCUCGAUGAUGACACGCUGAAAAACAUACUGGAGAAAACCGAGACCGAAGAAAUUCAGAUCGUGUUGAAGAAGGACCUUCCAACAAAGUGGAGCGAGUCUCGCAUUCUUAAAACUCUGACCAAUCAGCAGAGAGUAUCCUCAUUUGACAUUUUACUGAAGGAUGAUGGGAUUGAGAACCUAGACGACUCCAAUACACAAGAAAUUCCUAUGUCUCAGAUGACCCUUAUUCAGGACAAUUUGUCUUACGGCAGCAAUGAAGCAUGUCUCACUUUAGUGCCAAGCAUUCAAUCUGACGUAAUCUCAAUUAGGCGGAACAAUUUCACCAUGGAAGCUAUUGUACGACCUUGGGUUUUCUGUGCCUUGUCUGGUCAGUGCAUUCCGAGUGAAGACUGUCGACCAUUCUAUUCGUACGAUUAUCAGAUAAAACACCACUGUGACCAAACCGACCACAUUCUGAAACGGAUUCUAGUGUCCCUAUUCAACGACAUGUUCGCUAACUUUUACUUCAAUAAGUAAAAUAGAAAAUAUAUACCUUAUUUACUUCGAAAUAUUUAUUACAAAAAAGCAUCAGACCACACCAUUCACUGGUCUGGACCAGUGUCUUCUUCAGCGUGAGUGUCGGGCAUUUAGUCAUUAAACGUGCGAAACUUCAAAUUACACUUACUGUGUGUGUUUGUGUGUAGGCGGGUGCGGGCGCGUGUGUGAUCAGAUGAACUUUUGCAGUCGAUAUAGUUGAAAUAAAAUAUAAUCCUCAAA